AUGGAGAGCAAUGAUAUUGUACCAAACAUGGCUGCUUUAGGCAUUCUAGUCCUCACUGUUGCUGGAAAUAUAAUCAUUCAUACGAUUCAAAUGCAUAGCAGUGGAUCCGUGUUGUAUUUCGUGCUUCCCCAACAGGUUACAUCUUCUGUCAUCAUGCUCCUCUUUCUUGUUACGUUCUGUUGUAUGUCGUUGAUGGUUCCGGGAGCUAAGAGAUACAUAGGAUUGAAGUAUGAUGAAAUGCACGGAUCAGUUUCGAAUAGACAAGUGGAGUGGGGAAGGUUCAGUAGUGAUGAACUUGAAAAUAUGGUGAAAGGGUAUUGGGCGAUGGCUCAAACUAGCUGCCCUCAGUUUGUUCUAGCAAGGUCUGCCGUUUCUUCUGUUUCUGGACUUAAGUGUCUUCUCACAGCUCUAGUUUUGGUAGAAGCUCGGUUUGGGAAAAAUAGCCUCGAAACUCUAGAGCCUCGGCUUUGUAUCGGAGUGGCAGUGGGAACUAUCGCUCCUCUGUUGCGAUGGUUCGCUGCUUCGUGGUUCAAGAUUUGUGAGAUGGAACGAAAGAGCUUAAGAGAUGAACUCAAGGUUGACAAGUACUGGACUUGGAGGCUGGUGGAGUGGAGAGACGGAUCACUUCCGUUUCAAGUGCAAAACCGCGUAUGCAAGAAGCUGCUACGGGUUGCUGUAAGAUUCGUUAUGAAUUUCUGCAUUCGAGUUCAGAUUCUGUUUGUUUUAGCAAGCAAACUAGUUCUGUUCCUCUCUGCUAGAUUUGGUAGUGCAGUUCUCUUUUGUUUCUGCAAGAAUGAAAGUCCUGUUUUAGGGCCUAUAUCCGAAUCAAGUGAUGAGACACAAGUGGAUUUUAGGCAAUAUGUUCUUCUACUUGAAGGUGAGCCACAGUUGCCUUUUAAAAUCCUCAAGAACAUCUGCAACGAGGCGGAUAAAUUAAUAAAAGUAGGCGAAAAAAGGCAGCCCGAGAAUCUGAUCCAACUUCUAAAGAAAUCUUCAAGCUUCGAUGGAGUGGGACUAUUUGACAGCAGACACGUUCCAUGCUUGCAUUCUCAAGAACCUCCGAAUUGCAGGUCUCUGCCCGUGGCGACUUUGACAGCCAUUUCACUUGCUCUUCUCAACAUUGAUGAUGAGAAUGCAAACCAGUUAUUGGUCUGUAUCAGCGAGGGCUUGCCUAUCGUGAAGCUUAUCGAGGAAACACUAGACAUAACCGGAGAGUUAGAAAGCAUCAGAAAAGCAGCAGUUGUGGUUUGGGAUGGAGUUGAGUUGUACAAAAAAUGGAAUGAGACGGAUUUGAAGAGCACGAGACUAAGAGGCGCAACGCACAAGGAAACACUGCAAAAGCUCGCUAACAUUGCAGAAAAGACUGAGGAAAUUUGUGACUAA